GAGCUCUCAUCCUCCACUCGGAGUUCACUUUUCAAUGCUCUUCGGCAAUUGUCCAGCGAGAGUUCAUAAACGUUGAUGCCCUGAAUAAUCUUGGCUUUACAUACUCAACUUCUUCUCUCCUAUGAUGCUUCGUAGCUCAAGCCCAGCCAAUCUAUGUCAGCUCGGGAUAAGCACUCCUGCGCUUAGUAUACAGUAUACGAACGUGUAUCUUCGAACUGCGCAGCGCUGUUCCUUGACUUCUCAGUGCCUGUCUGAGCCUGCUGCAUGGAAUUGCCCACCGUCGCUGUUCGGCGAGAAGCUCAAUUAGUGUCUCCUCAGCGACAUCUCGGCUCCGUGCAGCCUCUUAGACUGUCCCCGCAACUACACAUUCAGGUGAUAAUUCUAUCUAAUCGAUAUGACUGCUUAAACUACCUCCGUUAUACGCACAUAUAAGCCUUCACCCUCGUCACCGAACCCUUUUUUCCUACGGCCGCUCUGCACGCCCCCGAACUGCUCCACCCACCGAGGACGCCUUUCGUUAUGCUGUCUUGUUUCGAUCGUGCUUUUUGGAUCGCAGCCGGUCUGCUCGCCCUGUCUGGGCGAGCUGCCAGAGCGUCGGUCAUCCCGGAGAAGCGUCAAAGCAUCACGACGCUUUCGUCUACGGCGGUCGCGGACUUUCUUCCGUACACGUAUUUCGCGGCAGCCGCCUACUGCCCUUCUUCAUCCACCGUCAGUUGGACCUGUGGCACCCUCUGUGAUGAGAACUCGGACUUUAAGAUCACCACGUCCGGAGGAGACGGAGCUGUCACUCAAUUCUGGUAUGUUGGGUGGUCUCCAUCGCUCGAAACAGUGGUUGUUGCCCACCAGGGCACGAACACCUCCUUCAUCGUUUCCGAUCUCGAAGACAUCGACUUCUUCUUCCAGAAUCUCGACGGUGACCUCUUCCCUGGUGUAGACUCGGGUAUAGAGGUGCAUAUGGGCUUUUCCAAUGACCAAGCCAAGUCGGGUCCGGAGAUUCUGGCCGCCGUAAACGCGACCAUGACGACGUACAAUUCUAAGACAAUCACAACUAUUGGGCACUCGCUUGGUGCUGCAUUGGCGAUGCUCGAUGCGGUCAUGUUCACCACCCAAUUCCCAGAUGCUUCCGUCAACCAUGUUGGUUAUGGUCAACCUCGAGUCGGAAACCAGGACUUUGCAGACUAUGUCGAUGCUAACGUCAACGUCACACAUAUCAAUAAUAAGUUGGACUACAUACCGAUUCUUCCUGGGAUGUUCCUAGGUUUCCACCACCCAUCUGGAGAAAUACGUAUCCAAGACGAUGAUUCUUGGGACUCUUGCCCAGGUCAAGACAACGAAUCGACGCUUUGCACCACAGGAGCGGUGCCGGAUGUCUUUGCUGGCAACGAGACGGACCAUGACGGGCCAUAUGGAGGUGUGCUCCUCGGAUUUUACGCGAGCGCGACGUGUACGGUUGCGGAACCAUGACGAGGAUGACUUUCAACGAGUUAUGUCAACGUAACGAUAAUUCGACCAAUAUUUGAAUAUUAUAACGAACAUUUAAGAGGCC